GUGACUGGAAGAGAAUCAUUCCCAGCCCUUGACACUGGAAUCCUCUGGCUGCAGGACAGUGCAGCUGCAGCUCCUGCAGAGAUCUCCUCAAGCUGGAACAUCCCACUGACUAUGGAUUCUAGUGAAGAAAUGUCCAACAGCAGCUCCAUCAGCCACUUCCUCCUGCUGCCAUUGGCACACACGCGGCAGCUGCAGCUCCUGCACUUCUGCCUCUUCCUGGCCAUCUCCCUGGCUGCCCUCCUGGCCAACGGCCUCAUCAUCAGCGCCGUAGCCUGCGGCCACCUCCUGCACAGCCCCAUGUUCUUCUUGCUGCUCAACCUGGCCCUCAGCGACCUGGGCUCCAUCCUCACCACUGUCCCCAAAGCCAUGCACAAUUCCCUCUGGGACACCAGGAACAUCUCCUAUGAAGGAUGUGCUGCACAGGUGUUUCUGGUUUUGUUUUUCAUCUCAGCAGAGCUUUCCCUCCUGACCAUCAUGUGCUACGACCGCUACGUGUCCAUCUGCAAACCCCUGCACUACGGGACCCUCCUGGGCAGCAGAGCUUGUGCCCACAUGGCAGCAGCUGCCUGGGCCAGUGCCUUUCUCUAUUCACUGCUGCACACAGCCAAUACAUUUUCCCUGCCCCUGUGCCAUGGCAAUGCCCUGGGCCAGUUCUUCUGUGAAAUCCCACAGAUCCUCAAGCUCUCCUGCUCCAAAUCCUACCUCAGGGAACUUGGCUUUAUUUCAUUUUCCAUCUGUUUGUGUCUGGGUUGUUUUGUGUUCAUUGUUUUCUCCUAUGUGCAGAUCUUCAGGGCUGUGCUGAGGAUCCCCUCUGAGCAGGGACGGCACAAAGCCUUUUCCACCUGCCUCCCUCACCUGGCCGUGGUCUCCCUGUUCCUCAGCACUGGCAUUUUUGCCUACCUGAAGCCCCCUUCCAUCUCCUCUCCAUCCCUGGAUCUGGCAGUGUCAGUUCUGUACUCGGUGGUGCCUCCAACCCUGAACCCCCUCAUCUACAGCCUGAGGAACCAGGAGCUCAAGGCUGCAGUGUGCACACUGAUCACUGGACAAUUUCACAAACACUAAACUACUGUGCUAUUUUUGCAAAUCAUUUGUAAUAAAAGUCACCUUUGAUACAUCUUCUUGGUUUGGUUGACGGGUAGUGUUUCUUUGUUUUAUUUUUAAGUGAUGUUCACAAAGCAAGGCCAUUGUUUCUGCCAUUUCUUGUGUUGCUCUCCUCCGCAUUUUCUCUGGUUCUAGACUGUGUAAAUGACGAGCUGUGCUCUUGGUGGCUUUUAAAUGAGCAAAAAGAUCUCCCAGAAGCGUUUUCACCAGAGAUCUCCCUUUUGUUCCCUUCUCUGUGGCUGCAGCAGCAAUGUCUGUGUGCAGAGCUGGGGCAGAUCAGUGCUGGCACAGCAGCUGUGCCCAGCAGCAGCAGCACUUGGUGUUGCCAGUGCUGCUGCCGUGGCCCUGCCCCGCUGCCCUCCUGGCCCUGCUGUUGCUGUAGGGCCUGAGUGCUCUCGGGGCCGGGCACAGGGCUGGGGGUGGCAGUGCCGGGGCUGCAGCAGGGACAGGCCAUGGGCACUGCUGGGGCAGCGCUGACGCCUCAGGCCAGGGCCUGGGGGCUGCAGGCUCCUUGCCCAGGCUCUCUCCACAACACGGCCAGGCCAAGGCUCAGCACAG